GCUCUGUGUUUAAGCUGCACUGAAAUGAAGGAAGCGCUCACUGUCGCUUCUACCGUCUCAACAUGAGCCUGCUCUGUGUGAUGCUUCUGACUCUCAUGAGGCUCAACCGCACUGCUGUGGUAGCCUCACCCGUCCGCAUCAUUGACCAACCUCCACAAUCACUAUCUGAGGCUGACCAGAAGAUUGCAGAGGAAUAUCUGAAGCACUUCUAUGGGUACCAGUCCAAGACAGAAAGACAAAAAAGGGCUGAAGACUUAAAUAAGGAUCCAAACUGGACGAGAGGACUCUGUGAGAAGGUGAAGAAAAUGCAACGAUUUUUUGGCUUGCCUCCCGAUGGGAAACUCAAUAAAGAGACUCUCUCCAUAAUGAAGAAGCCACGCUGUGGACUGUCAGAUGUAGAGCCCUAUGGAAGCACGUUUCGUUGGAGGAAUGUGACAAUUAGUUACAGAAUUGCUGGUAAAAAUCUACCAUUUCCAGUCCAAAAAAUUGAAAAAGUAAUCAAAAAAGCACUGAAGCUGUGGUCCAGUGUUUCCCUGAUUAAAUUUCAAAAGCGGAAACGAAGAGAAGCAGACAUUGUCAUCACCUUUGCCAGCAAUGACCAUGGGGAUGGGGUUCCUUUUGAUGGAAAUGGGGGUGUCCUGGCCCAUGCCUACCUCCCUGGUUCAGGCAUUGGAGGGGAUGUGCACUUUGAUGCUGCAGAGAAAUGGAGCUUGAACUCUACUGAUGCUGCAGGUGUCAGCCUACAUGUCAUUGCAGCUCAUGAGUUUGGUCAUGCUCUGGGCCUCUCGCACUCAUCGGAUCCAGGAUCCAUUAUGUACCCAGCAUACAACUUUUCACCUUGUCUCGAGCUUCAGCUCUCCUUUGAUGAUGUGAAAAACAUCCAACAUCUUUAUGAAAACCCCGAUAAAUGUGAUCCAGAUCUGUCUUUUGAUGCUGUCACUGAAAUGCAACAGGAGUUGGUUUUUUUCAAGGACAGAUUCAUGUGGCGCAAACAUCCCAAUUUUGUUGAAACAAGGAUCUCUCUCAUCAGCAGCCUCUGGUCAGACUCUGUACCAUCUCACCUGGAUGCUGUGUAUGAGAUGGGAGAAGAACUUUCUUUUUUUUUCAAAGGUGAUCAGUACUGGAAACUACAGCAAUUAAUUGUGCAGGAAGGGUUUCCCAGGAACAUCUCAGAGCUGGGCUUUCCCUCCCGAAUCAAGUCAGUGGAUGCUGCUCUGCACUUCAGACGCCAUCGUUACACUGUGUUCUUCACUGGCAGCGAAUGCUGGAGGUACAACGAACAUCUAGGUAUGAUGGAGGGAUCAUCAGUGCUGAUCGAGCAGCAGUGGCCGGGAAUCCCUUUCCCCGUAGAUGCAGCUGCCUUCUUUCAGGGUUUUGUACACUUCUUCCAGGGAAACAAGCUCCAUAAAUACGACUUUUACCAGAACCGUGUGGUCUUUGUCGGCAACACCAAUGAUCUGAUGGACUGCAAGAUGGAAAAGAGCAAUAAAGACAAACUCUAGUGUUGAAAUUGCCUAGUAAUGCCAGUGUUAACUGUGUAUAUUAAAUUAACUCUCUGCUGCAGUGAUCGUAUUGUUGCUGGGACUUCAUAAUGCUGGGAAAUCCCUCUCCUUGGUGUGCAGCCGUAUUGAAAUAAAGGGGAUUGGUGCUGUCAAUCAAAGCUGUUUCCUUGUUUGAUUGGUGCUGUCAAUCAAAGCUUCUGAAAUAUGUUUUCUGCCUGACAUUUGUGUUGUAGACAAAUUGAUAAAGUAAAAAAGUAUUGAAACUCAAAAGCUGUAUCUGGGAACAAUUCUAAUUUGGUAUUGAGGCUUU